CGAACGUAUUUUGAUGGAACAAACUGCGAGCCAAGCGGUACGGUGGCGCGUCGCUUUCGCCAAAACACGAGUUGACGGUCGGAGCUGCAAGUUGCAUCUCGAAAGGAAACAUUUUAAUAUGACAGCGACUGUGAAUUUAUUUCGCUUCAUUUACCAAAACAAUGUGUAAGAACGAAUAGGUUGAGGCUAAUUGACUAAUUAAGAUAUUCGGCACCAAUAUGACGUGGUUCCUCACCGACUUUGUUGUGAGCGGUUUAAAAAUUGCACGUGGAGGUGAAUAAUUGGUAUAUCCUGGUAAAACGUCACUGUUUGUACCAAUCAUUCUCUACUUUUUAGGAGGUAGCAUUAGCUUUACCAGAGAUGGAGUCUCUUUCAACAAAUGCUGGGGUUCGACUAACGGUGUCUCAGUGUUUCCGGUCACUCACCUCAUCCACGGACACUAAGGACAUCAUCACCGCUCUCCAGACACUCCACUCUUUCUUGAACGGUGACCCAGAAAGUAAAACGACUUCAGGCGAGCGGACAGAGUUCAGGAGAGCUCACUACACUCGCACUCUUCAGCUCCUGGUCGGUAACAUGGAGGCUGACUGGUUGCACAGCUUCACCGCAGCCCAGCGCACAGAGCUCUGGGACGGCCUGUUCCUCAAGGGUCCCCCAGAGCAGGCCCUGCUGGUGUUGAUGGAUGCGAUAGGGGCGCUGAGACCCACUACAAGUCUGGACCGCUUGGUCAGCAUCACUGAGAGGUUCCUUCAGAGCAGGCGUCUGGCUGACCUGCUGUGGAGCUACUGUCUGCAGACAGCUCCCACAGACUCCCCCCAGCUCAGAGAGACCCUGCUGGGGCGCGUCGCCUCGCUGCCAGACCUUACCGCCAACAAGUUACAUCUCAACAACAGGCCUUGUUUUCUUCCUCAGCAGUACUACCCACUACUGGCCACAGAGAUGCUCACUGUCCUGGAGCGAACCUGCCAGGCCCUCAGAGACGGCAAAGACUGUUCUUUGAUGUUUGUGGCUGAAGUUCUUGGAAAAGUGUGUAUGCAGGGCCACAGUGGUUUGGUCCUGGCAGUUAUGGCUCCUCGGCUUUCUUCCUGCACACGCUCGGACAUGGUGUGGCAGAGGGUUUGCUGGAAGCUGCUGGAGAACGUGCCUCAGCGCUGGAUGGAGAGCGUGCUCACUGGGCUGGUGCAGGCUGUCAGUGGACCUGAUGCCUUUGGCAGGAUCAUUGGGAAUCUAGUGUUAACCAAUAAAAAGGCCCAGUUCUUCAUCACUCAUAAGCUGCUCUUACUACAAUACAAGUAUGAGACUCAGGUGUUGAGAAUAGUUCUGGGUUACCUCGCAGCCGACAGGGAUCGACGUCCACUUCUUCUUCAGGUUUUACGGUCUGUGUCCCAGGCCUGGGCUAAUCCCAGCGCAGUGAAGCACACACCUCUAGAGCAGCAGCUGUAUGUCAGCAAAGCGUUACUGCUGAGUGUGAGUCUGCUGAAAGACUCGGAGCUACAGGAGCUACGCUCAGAGUUAUUUCAGUGUAUGCUGGGCGGCAUGCAGAGCCACCUGGACAGCAGCGUGGUGCGUAUCAGGCAUAUGGGUAUGGUGGUGGGAGAGUGCCUGAGCUCCCGCAUGGAUAUCAAUGGAACCAAACUCAAAUUUGAGUAUGAUCACAACGAAGAAACACGUGAGCUGCUUUCUCUCAUGACUCCUCUCACUUGUAAUGAGCCUGAACUUGAGCCUGAGCCUGUAAAUGGAGUCGACUCUACUGGCGAAAUCAAUGAAACCGUUUCAUUGCAAAAUAAAUCAGGUGCUGAAAAGCCAUCACAGCCUGAUCCAGACUCUGAUCUUGAUAGUGAUGACGAGCUCACUCCCUACGACAUGUCUGGAGAUCAGGAGCUCAGUCAGGCGUCUCCACCUCGCUACCUACGAGACUGUUUAGAAAUAUUCACAUCUUCUGAGGACCCAGUUCGUGUGGAGCUCAGUUUGAGAGUUGCUGAGAGUUUGGUGCGGAAGAACGUCUUUGCAGCCAAAGAGAUUAGUGUCCAGAUGUCCAAAGUGCUUCUUCACAUGGAGGACAAAUACAGUAUUAAGGGCUUCCUGAGUCUCAGACAGACGACUAUGGUGGCUCUCACUGUCACUGACUGUAUUCCUGUGACUCAGUAUUUGACCACAGAGUUUUACUCCUUGAACUACAGUCUUCGCCAGCGGCUUGACAUCUUGGAGGUCCUCGCCCUAGCUGCCCAAGAGCUCUCUAAACCAGUCGGUGAAAAGAUAACUCCAUCCACUGGCAUUGCUACCACCACUGAGCUGACUUCAUAUCCAGGUGACAACCCUGUUCACUGGCGACAAGUUGUAGAAAAACGAAUCCAGAGCAAGACAAAACGGCUCAGUAAGGGUGCCACACAACCUGUUGCCAGGGCAACCCCGAACCGUUACGCUCCGGUGGCUGGACACUUCUUUUUUCCUCUGCUCAGGAAUUAUGAUAAGCCUCAGGUGACCUUUGACCUGUUGGGCACCGACCACUUGGUACUGGGCAGGUUGAUUCACACUUUGGGCCUCUUCAUGCACCUAGCAGUCAAUGCACCAAUAGCUGCUCAGAUGGGUUGUGCUUUGCUGGAUUUUGUGUGGACAGUGCGAUAUCAUGUUGACCAGAUGGUGAGACGAGGCGUCCUCUUCGCUGUCUGCUCUGUGUUUAUGAGCAUGCCCAGUCAAAACCUGCUGGUGGACCUCGGUGAUCAGUUGUUUGAGACCAGAACUUGGCUAGCAGAUGUGGCUGAGGGAGACCCUGAUGCGGACUGUCGAAAUCUGGCUGUGCAGAGUCUGGUGCUGCUGGAUAAGAGCUUGAAGAAGCAGCUGCAAGAUCCUAAAGCACUGGAGUCAUGAUCACAGCAUCUACAGUGGACACUGAAAUUAUCUAUGUGAGAAUAACCACAUGUGAAGAGAGAUAAUUGUACUUCUACCUACUGGUCCUUAUAGAGACUGUGGUACUGAGGUUGGUGGAAAUGAUGUUCUGGAUGGCACAAAGCAGUUGAUCUGGUGGAAAUGAAUCAUCCUGAUGAUCCGCUAAGGAUGUCCUUUUAGCUCAAGAGCUACUCAUUGCAGGUGCUGCAGUUUUUCACAUCCUGGAACAUAAGCAGAGGAAGAGAAGGACACAUAACUUCUCACACAUUUCUGAAUGGCUUUGUGCCGGCACACAACAUAAUUGACUUUACUCUUUGAUGAAUGCCAAGCAUAUAAUGUAAGGACCAAAUAAAAUAUUAAUAGAAUGAA